AUGCCCACCUUUAACGAGCGCGGCCUGGUGCCGUCGACGUCCCUUGUGGUCCCAGAGGCAACGGCGCCGGUGCACGUGUCUUCUGGCGACUCCCGCAAGGAGGAGGAAGAGGAGGAGGACGAGGAGCAUGACUGGGAGGCCGACACCCGCGGCGAAGAGGAGGAAGGAGGACGAGGCGAUGCUGCUCGGGACCAGAUCGCCUAUGAUGGCCGCUCCCCUCUCCAUGGACAAGGGCAGCAACGGCUCUCGCGCUUCUCCGGCCCGAUCAUCCUCGCGAGGCCUAGGGGAGCAUCCUCAGGAGGAGCUGUUGCGGACUCCGAGAAGGAUAGGGAGGCCUUCGCCCAAGCUGUGGCCGCCCGCGAGGUGGCGCUGAAGGAUGCCGAGGCCGCCAAGGACCGCUGCCGGUCGCUGAAGGCCGAGCUGGAGACCGCGCGGAGGGAGCGCGCGAAAGAAGCCCGAGGCUACAAGGCGGAGGAGCAGAAGAUGAAGGCCCGAGAGGACGCCAUCAGAGAUCGCGACGCCGAGCAGGAGCAGUUGGCGAAGGCGCAGGCCACGGAGCGCGGCCGGUUGGAGGAGCUGGAGGAGAAGCUGAAGGCAGAGAAGGCCGAGCUUGAAGCCAAGGCGAAGGUCCUGGCUGAGGACCGCGAAGCCUUCAAGCUCCUCGAGGUGAGGUCUCGGACGGUGCUGCGGUCACUCUAUGAGAAGGGCUAG